AAAGCCAUUUUCUGGGAGUUUGUGACGUUUUAAACAAGCAAAAGCUCUGUAUUCUCGGAGAUGAACCUUUUCCCCACUUUUUCUUAAUGGCGACUGUGGUUAUAUCACUUCCCUUUCUGGUAACUCUCUACUUCAUCUUUAAGCUUCCAUUCAUGUCUGCUCAAAAUGACCAGUUCAUCUAUAAUGGCUUCAAUCAAACAAAUCUGCGUCUAGAUGGAAUUGCAAAAAUCCACUCCAAUGGUCUAUUGCAACUCACCAACACUUCAAACCAACAAGUUGGUUAUGCUUUCUACCCACUUCCUUUAGAAUUCAACAAUUCUUCUUCUUCUUCUGUUUUAACUCGGUCUCUUUCAUUUUCCACGAACUUUGUAUUUGCAAUAGUUCCCCAAAUGCCAACAUUGGGUGGGCAUGGCCUUGCCUUCGUCAUCAGUCCCUCGCUGGAAUUCACCUAUGGUGUAGCCAGCCAGUAUCUAGGAAUCUUCAAUGCCUCAAAUAAUGGCAGUCCAACAAACAACAUAUCAGCCAUUGAGGUUGAUACUGUUAAAAGUCCUGAUGUACAAGAUAUAGACAGUAACCAUGUGGGAAUUGAUGUGAAUGGUCUGGUAUCAAAUGAAUCAGCUCCUGCAACCUACUUUUCUGGUCAAGAAGGGAAGAACAGAAGCAUGGAGCUGAUGAGUGGCAACCCAAUGCAUCUUUGGAUAGACUACAACGAAGCAGAAAAGUUACUGAAUGUAACACUAGCCCCGACCAGCAUCCCAAAACCAAACCGGCCUCUCUUGUCAAAACACAUUGAUCUGUCCCAAUAUCUUUUGGAAUCUAUGUAUGUUGGUUUCUCUGCAGCCACUGGUGUAGUUGCAAGUGACCACUAUAUUCUUGGAUGGAGUUUUAAUAAAAGUGGACAAGCACAAAGCCUUGAUGUUUCGAAGCUUCCUCAACCUCCCCAACAGAGGAAAAGUGAAGAGAAUCCAGUAAGAAUAAUCUUAAUUUCUCUCAUAGCAGUUGUGGUUGUGCUGGUAGUAUUGGUCACUGGAGCAACUUUUAUUUGGAGGAGGAAGAAAUAUGAAGAAAUACGUGAAGAUUGGGAAAGCGAGUAUGGUCCUCACAGGUUCAUCUACAAGAAUCUCUACAAAGCAACCAAGGGUUUCUCAGACAAAGAGCUUCUUGGAGCAGGAGGUUUUGGAAAGGUUUAUAAAGGAACACUUUCUUCUUCCAAUAGACAAAUUGCAGUCAAGAAAGUCUCCCAUGAUUCAAAACAGGGGAUGAAGGAAUUUGUGGCUGAAAUCAUUAGCUUGGGCAGGCUGAGGCACAGGAACUUGGUGCAGCUCCUAGGAUACUGCCGGCGAAAGGGUGAACUCCUCUUGGUCUAUGAUUAUAUGCCCAACGGAAGCCUUGACAGGUUCUUAUAUGGAAGUGAAAAAUCAAACCUUGAUUGGCUUCAACGUUUUCAAAUCCUCAAAGGAGUAGCAUCUGGCCUACUCUACCUCCAUGAAGAGUGGGAACAGGUUGUUCUACAUAGAGAUGUAAAAGCAAGCAAUGUUUUAUUAGAUGCUGAAUUAAAUGGAAGGCUAGGAGAUUUUGGCCUUGCAAGAUUAUGCGACCAUGGUGACAAUCCCGAAAGCACCAAUGUAGCUGGAACUGUGGGUUAUUUGGCUCCCGAGCUUACCAGAACAGGAAGGGUAACUACUUUCACUGACGUGUUUGCUUUUGGGGCAUUCAUGUUGGAGGUAGCUUGUGGAAGAAAGCCUAUAGAGCCACAAAGACUACCUGAAGAGGUAAUUUUAGUUGAUUGGGUCUUCGGGUGCUGGAGAAAAGGAGCCAUCCUUGACGCUAGUGAUGCAAGAUUGGAAGGUAAUUAUGUAGUGGAGGAAAUGGAAUUGGUUUUGAAACUAGGCUUGCUUUGCUCACACUCAACGCCAGCAGUUCGGCCUAGCAUGAGGCAAGUGAUGCAGUUUUUGGACGGCAAUGCUGAUCUGCAGGAAUUACCACAUGAGAGUGCUUGUGUUGGUAACUUUACUAGCGUUGAAGCAUCUGAGAUCUUAUUGUCAAUUCCUUCAUCGUUUGGCAUGGGUUUGACGCCCUGUUCUAGUAGUAAUUCUAUCCUCAAUAGCCGUUGAUAAAUUAGCUGAAUAUCAUGCUAGGGGUACACUUGUUCAUGGGUCAUUGCUUGGGACCAAAUCAACCGUUGGCGCACAGAAAGCUUAGAUAUUGCCUUAAAGGUGGAGAGAAGAAAAAGGAAUUUGAGAAGAAUAUGGUGUAUUCAGUUUCUUUCACUUACUACAGAAUGUAAUAGCUAGCAAUAUACUGAAGCUCUAAAUAGUACUAAAAUAAUCAUUAAUUCAGUUGCAAGCUUUGCAGAUGAAUAUUUAUGUAGUGAUUUGCAUAAACGGUGGCUGAUUUUAGAACACUGAA